UUCAACGUAGUUAAUGAUAUGCAAACAGAUCGCAGACUUCUUCUCGUAGUGGGUUUACAUCAUGCGCUUGAAAUAUUUCUUCAUUAUGUCUUUAUUAAAAUAGCGACGUAGCGAUUCUAAUCAGUUCGUCCCAUAUUGUUUAAAGAAUUUCCAUCGAUGAGAUGGCCGAUUUUCCUCGGUGUUGCAACAGGGUGCUCACUUUGUCCGCUCAGUGUUGUGGGAGACUGCACUGACAUGGCACCAAAAUCUUUGACAUUUUUUAAAUUUUUUGGGAAGAAGCGUGACCACACCGCCCUAUACCUUACGCGUAUAAUACACAGAGGUGGCGUGACAGAACAUCGGAGAGUCUCAGAAACAAAUCCGAUUUUUCAGAAUCAAACGAUAAGUAGCGCUUGCAUGAGUUUUUGGACAAGAUGACGGAUAAAAACGGAGGUGUUUUCCUCUCCAUAGUUGGAUCCGCCGCCGGGAGUUGGAGAUUUCAUCGGAGAAUUUUCGGGAAACUACCAAACCGCGUUGCAAGACUUGUUGCUUCGACACAUCUGGCUGUGCAUUUUUCUGAUCGCCAUCGAAGUUUGUGGCUCGCCCUAGUCUGGUCCAGGCCUCGGCCCGCACAGUCCUGACCCCUUAGCGCCACCAUGGACCCCGGCAGCUGGAGUGGCAGCGAGAGCCCCGCGGAGGACAUGGACAGGCUGAGCGACUCGGCCGAUAAGCCCCUGGACCACGACGCGGAGGGCGUGUGGAGCCCCGACAUAGAGCAGAGCUUCCAGGAGGCGCUGGCCAUCUACCCACCGUGUGGCCGCCGGAAGAUCAUCCUGUCUGAUGAGGGCAAGAUGUACGGUCGUAACGAACUCAUUGCGAGAUACAUCAAGUUACGGACGGGAAAGACGAGGACUCGGAAACAGGUGUCUAGUCACAUACAGGUCUUAGCGAGAAAGAAAGUUCGAGAAAUCCAAGCUGCCAUUAAGGUCACAAGCAUGGACCAGACCGUGAAGGACAAAGCCCUCCAGAGCAUGGCGGCCAUGUCCUCAGCGCAGAUUGUUUCUGCCACCGCUAUUCACAACAAGCUGGGGCUGCCGGGCAUCCCACGCCCAUCGUUCCCCGGAGCAGGGUUUUGGCAGGGAAUGAUCACCACCGGUCAGUCAGGAUCCACACAAGAUAUUAAACCCUUUUCCCAGCAAGGAUAUCCAAUCCAGCCAGCAGUCACAACAACCAUUUCAAGUUAUGAGCCUUCAGCAGCCCAAGCCCCCACAGUCCCGGCUUGGCAGGGUCGCUCCAUCGGAACGUCUAAACUUCGGCUGGUAGAAUUCUCUGCCUUCCUGGAGCAACAAAGAGACCAAGACUCCUACAACAAACACCUGUUUGUACAUAUCGGGCAUACCAACCAUUCCUAUAGUGAUGCCCUGCUGGAGUCUGUAGACGUUCAUCAGAUUUAUGACAAAUUCCCUGAAAAGAAAGGAGGCCUGAAGGACCUCUUUGGGAAAGGUCCCCAGAAUUCAUUUUUUCUCAUAAAAUUUUGGGCUGACUUGAACUGCAACAUUCAGGAAGACACAGGAGCAUUUUAUGGAGUGUCGAGCCAGUAUGAAAGCUCAGAAAACAUGACCAUUACCUGCUCAACAAAGGUGUGCUCUUUCGGCAAGCAGGUGGUGGAAAAAGUGGAGACUGAAUACGCUCGGUUUGAAAACGGACGUUUCGUCUACAGAAUAAGCCGGUCUCCCAUGUGCGAAUACAUGAUCAACUUCAUCCACAAGCUCAAACACCUGCCGGAGAAAUACAUGAUGAACAGCGUGUUGGAGAACUUCACCAUCUUAUUGGUGGUGACCAACAGAGACACUCAGGAGACUCUGCUGUGUAUGGCGUGUGUGUUUGAGGUGUCAAACAGCGAGCACGGUGCUCAGCAUCACAUCUACAGACUGGUGAAGGAAUAACGGUCCGUCAAGCCCUUCCUGACAUUUUUGUUCCCCACAGAUUGAUCCAACCUCAAGACAAAGUGGCAGUGCCUCUACAUACCUAUUCUACGUUUUAGCGUUGGGUGAAACGAGUGGUCACAAAUUCUUUUUGAUUUUGUUUUUAUUGUAUGUGUUUUGUAAUUUUGACUGCAGCUGUGAAAUGCGGUACAGAUUCAUGUUUUAGUCUAUCCCUGUUUGAUAUACAUGUGGUGGUAUAUAUAUAUAUAUAUAUAUAUAUAUAUAUAUAUAUAUAUAACAGAUUUUCUGGUUGAGAUUCAUUUGAUGAACAGAAAUAUAUGUUGUCUUCUGCUUUAUACACGCAAAGGAAAGAAAAAAGGUCCAGGUCUUUCCCCUCAACCUCCCCCCCCCCAUGGGAUGACAGGGUCUAUUUAAUAUGAAUGAGUGUGUUUUUGUACGUGUGUCAUUGAUAAAUUGGAAUCCCAUGUUCUGUAGAUAAAACACAAACACCCACAGCUAAUAGAAGUUCCAAAGAAGCAAAUAUUUUACAAAAUAAGGCUAAAUCUAUUUAACUUCAAGAUAAAUAUUGGUAGGCGUGGUCACUGCAAAAACGAUUAGCUAAACUGUUUUCCAACUUCCAAGAGCAUAUGUGACCCUCCUGAAGCACUCCAAGUCUUACACAUCAACCAUGGAAAGAAUGCACUGUGAACAUGUCAACUUGAGGUUUAACAUCGACACCUUAUUCUUAAAUGGUGGGCUAUUGCAUCCUAAGAAACUACUUAUUUUUCUCGACACAUACAUCUUUCUUUUUUUAGAAGAGAAGGGUGAUAAGGUUCCAGAUAUUAAAAAAGCACUAUUUAAAUUACUCCAAUUGGUCAGCUUGUCCGAAGCACUUUGCUGCCUAUUUUGGCAACGCCAUAGAGAUGCCAACGUUUUUUUUUUGUAUUAUGAUCUUCUUUUUAGCAAUGUGUUUUUUUAGGAACAAUACAAACAUUGGACAGUAGAUCACUUCUAGACGGAUUUGUUUCUUCUUCUCUCGGAUAUUGCAGUUUCAUUUGUGUUAGAGCCAGAGUGUUGCUGCCUUUAUUGUUCACACUAGUCCAUGUUUCUGUGGCCUACACCAAUCCUGAGCCUUAAACAUGUCAUAACCGUGUGAACUCCAAAAGAUGCCACUAAAGCUGUGAUCUCUUUUCUGAAAGACUCUUAAUGUGUUUGCGUUGUGUAACCAAUUCACAAUACAAUCUGCCAAAGUGUAAGUGGACAGUGCCUUAGACGAGUAUAUUCUGAUCUUUCCUGUACUAUGUUUUCAAAUCUUUAAUCAGUCAGUAUGGAAGAGAUAGAAAAUAUCUUUGAGCAGCAUCUUCUUUGAGUUGGACAAGGUUCUGUUAAGGAACUCACUCUUAGUGUUUUUGAGAAUGUGGCACGUCUGUUUAAUUAUCCCACGUCAAGAGAUUGUCUAUGUUACAUUUGUAAUCGGUUUAACCUACAACUUUUCUAAAGAGUGUACUAUAUACAUGAACAGACUUUGCCUUUCCUGAUGUAUAGACCAAAAAUACAGAGAGAUGUCUGUCAUCAAGUCCUGCACGGUAGCAAGGAAGUGCCUUUGCGUUCAAUUUUCCAGCAUCUGAAAAUAAAGUGAAGUUAUCAAGGACGUUGCUAGACCAAAAAAUAAGACACACGUGAAACCAAUCACCACAUUGCCUUUUUUAAGGUCUGUAACGAUUAAGGGUUAAGGUUAAAAUAAAGAUUGUAUAGAUGCUUAUAACACCGUUGAGCUGGCAAUCGAUUGCUUGCUCAGAACUGAUCAAUUUUAAAGAAAAACACAAAAUAUUGCUUUUUUUUCUCAAGGUGAAGUCUGCACAUUAGAUGUAACUCUGUUCUCGAUUACUGUUUCAAAAUGGUUAGAUGUAUUCAUGGGAACAGUUUUUUUGGUGUUUGCACAAGGAAAAGCUUCAUUACAUUGGUAACGAUUAUUGUAUUUAUAAAGGAAUUGGCCAUUAUAUGCUGAUGUGAACUAGUACUACACAAAAUGACCAGUAUGUGUAACUGAUCUGGGUAAUUGAUGGCAUCCUUGUGUGAAUUACAAAGCGAUCAUUAAAUCCACAAAAUAUAAAAGUGAAUGACUGAGUCAUCAAUACAUAUGAAAUGUUUUAGACCAAAAGAUUAUAACCUUUUCAUAAUUCAAUAUAUAUCAUAACACCUGUGAACACAAUUAUAUCAUCAAAUUGUUUCCAAAACCAUGUUGAAAGAAACGUUUAUUUUUUGAAGUAAUUCAUUUUAAGAGUUAAAAGCAGCUUCAGUUUUAUACUUUCAUCUCUGCUCUUCUGUACGAGGCCAUUACGGCUAAUAUUUUCACUGUAAAUGCUACUCAAGCAUAUAUUUUGCUUUCCUUUCAAAACGAAGUAAACAAAGUAUUUUACUCUUCAGAAUUUCUACAUAAUGCUGACAAUGUCUAUGGUGGAUGCAGACAACAUAAGUUCACUCAUUCAGUAUUUUGUCAAAGUCCUAUGUACACUGUGGAGUUAAAUGGGCUUUUAUUGUUGUCAUUAUUUUUAUUAUUAUUAUUAUUAUGUUAUGUUUACCAUGUGCAUCUGUUCAUAUUUACUGAUUACUUACUGAGGUGUUCAUGUUUCCCUAUUGUGAUUGUAUAUGAUUGUAUUUGGUUUUGUGAUGACAUUGUCUGUAUAUUGCAAGCCCAACAGUAUAUUAUAACAAGGUUACUGCUAGUUACUGCUGGUAGACUUGCAGACAUGUCAUUUCCACUGUUAAACAGCAGGCUGUAUACACCCCAUUGCCCUGGGACAUGAAAAAACAACAACAUCCAUGUCCUAAUUGGAACUCUGUGACAAUACAAAAUGAACAGUAAACAUGGGUUGGGUUGAGGCAGAAUGACAAAAAAAAAAGCAGCAGUUUAGCCGUUGUUAUUUGUACUUUUGUUUAAAUGUAGGUACUGGUACCUGUAUUGUUUCACUAUCAUUUUUCAGAUGUUUGCUUUAAAGUGGUAUUCACAGCUCAGAUAGCAUCUUUAAGACAAUUGUGUGCUGAAUUUUUCUUUUUGUAAAAAUGUGCUUUGUAUAAAUCUAUAUAUUCGCUUUUUCUGGUACAAAAUUGUGAUAAACUUUCAUAAUGGAAGUAAAAUGUGGGAGCAAAGGCGAGGAAAAGAAAAAUGCUGUUUGUGUCAUUACUGUAUGUUCCUGGUCUGUAAUAUCAUGAUGCCUUCUCGAUAUAUAUUUUGUAGCUUUCUAGAUACUUUGUAUGUAUGCAAUAUUGAAGUAAAAUAAAUCCGGGGAUGUUGCAUUUUUGUAGGUU